CGCCCGAGGGGGAGCGUUGCCCUCGUUGAUGUCGAGCCUUCGGUUUAGUUUGGCGGAUAGCUCGGAGGAAGAGUCGCCACAUGCUGCCGAGGACUCUGUAAACUUGGUUGCGGCGAGGUUCUCCUCCAGCUCUGGCUUCGGCUCGGUGUCCUCCGAAGCGGCCAGCCGUGACUGUAGCUUCCUAGCGAGCUCUUCGGACGCCAUACUGUUGAAGACACUGUGCUCACGAUGGAUGUCAAGUAGUAAUGGGUCGUUCGCGAACGAGUUGAGUCUUUGAACGGUUCGUUGAAAUGACCUAAUGGAGACUGCUCUCAAUCAGGAGCCUGCCGUUUUUCCCCUCUCGUCUGUUUCGCUGUUAAAGCUGCACUAGGGAGGGGUUACGCAAGGCAAUUGCCCAUAUAGCCAAAUUCUAAACCCCAUAUAUGCAGCUAAAUUGGAGGUGGAGAUAUUUUUGAGCGCAAACCUGACGGGACUGAAGACUUUUUUGCUAUUGUAUCAGGGAGGAGAUGUUAGCAACUUGAAAAAAAAAAACACGAAAUGACCCAGAGUCAAAGGAAAUGUAGCAGCAUUUGGAUGCACUUUUGUAGUUCAUUGUUUGGACGUGGAUUUGAGUCAAGAACCUGAGCUCUUGUUUGUAAAGUAGUUUAGGUGUACACACACCAGCGACUGCAUUCCAUUUUAUUUUGAAGAUUUGGCGGACAAGCGGUGCAGCCAGUUCCUGCUGCAGAAGAGACUGACACUUCUCCAGACAUAUGGAAGUGUAUCAUGUACAAUACGCUCCAACUAAGACAACAGAGAUGGAGAAAAGUCACAGAAUGAAUAACAGUAAAUAGUCAAUGACAUAUUUUGGACACUGUCGUGCUGCAGACGAAAAGUUUAAGACUACUGGCAUCGCAGCAGAUCGAAGAUGAGCUCAUUACUGCAGAGUAGACGGGCGAGUCAUCUGGUUGGAUUUUGGAAGUGGAAGAGGAGAGCAGAUGUUUGUCUCUAUCCAAGCACUGGAAUAUAUGGCAGGAAUGUCUUCUCUACUGCAGCAGAACCAGAUCAGAUUGAGAUCCACAAGAGAAAGCUGUUCCUAUGGUUCAGCCACCUUCCCCAGGAGGAGAAGCAGUUUGGCGGUUACUUUAGUCCGGAGACCAUGCAUGUGGAUCCGCUGAUCCUGGAGAGGAAGCCAGAGGAAAGAGCAGGACUCCUCGGCUCCCCCCUGAAAGUCCAGGCUUCCUCCGGCACCUCUGUUGGUGUGGAACAGCUUUUUGAGCUCACUGAAGACCGGAGCAAGGACAGAGGAGUCAAUGUAUUGCUGUACGGGGCCGUGGGCACAGGAAAAAGCACAGUUGUCCGAAAACUGGUGCUGGAUUGGUGCGCUGGGACCACACUGAGCCACUUCAAGCUCCUGAUUCCGUUCUCUUGUGAGGAUCUUGGCGAGCUGACAAAGGUUGCAUCUCUGAGGGACCUGGUGACUAGGAAGUACCUUCACUUGAAAAGACACCCUCUCCUGAGUGGGGAUGGAAACCAGGCUAAGGAUGUUCUUUUCUUAUUUAAUGGCAUGGAAAAGAUGAAACUUGACUUCCGGAUUGGAUCCACGGAGCUCUGCAGUGACCCAAAUGAGGCUCUGCCUGCAGGUGCAGUUGUGGUCAACCUGCUGCGCAAGUACCUGCUCCCCGAGGCCAGUAUCUUGGUGACCACUAGGCUGUCUGCCUUGGACCGCAUCCCUCCGAAAUAUGUUAAUCGCUAUGCCCAGAUUUGUGGCUUCAAUGACCCAAACCGCCAGCGUGCCUACUUCACCAGUCGCCUGCUGCAGCAAAGUGGGGAACCCGCACAGGCACAUGAAGCUCAGGCUCUUGUCGAGCUGCUUUACCUCAACCUGCAGAGGGAGAGCCAGUUGGCUGCAGCCUGUUUUCUGCCCUCCUACUGCUGGCUCACGUGUGCCACGCUGCACUUCCUGCAUUUCACGGAUGCCAUGGCACCCAUUCGCACACUGACUGGCAUAUACACCAGUUUCCUGAGGCUCAACUUUGGAGGGGAAGUACUGGGAAAAGCAACUGGGGCAAGUCCACCAAAUCAGGAUCAACACAGUUCUUUGAUGUUGUAUGUCGUCCGCACGGUUGGCAAACUCGCUUAUGAUGGCGUGACAUACAAACGCACGUCCUUCUCAGAAAAGGAGCUGGAGCAAUGGAUCGGAGGAAAGACCAAAACGGACGAGGAGCUACGUCAGCUGGCUGUGUUCAGAACGGAUGUACUUGACUUCUUCUUGGCUCCCUGUGUUGAAAGUUCCAAGCAUUUGCCAGCAGAGCUCAGUGAGCAUGACGAGAGGCGAUAUGUGUUUGCCGUUCCUGCCAUGCAGGAGUACCUGGCAGCCCUCUAUGUGGUUCUAGGUGAGAAUAAAUCAGCUCUGGAGAAGCUGACCAAGCAGGUAUCUGUGGCCAUCGGUCAGGCAACUGAGGAUGUUAGUGCUAUUGUGAAUAUCUUUUCCAAGUUCAUCCCUCUCAGAAUCUUUGCCGUCUUUAACCUACUUAAGCUUUUCCCAAAACUUUAUGAGAAAAUCAGCACUAAGAGCAAGGGCAACAUUGCGAGGACGAUGGCUGCUGAGAUGUUCCGCAAGGAGGAUAGCCACAACGAAGAUGUUCUUGAUCAGGUGGAGCAAAGCCUCCUGGGAGUACACGGCCCGCCAUCGCAACAGCAGAGUGAGGCUCAGCCUUUUGAGCUCUACCCUAUCUUUAUGGGUGGACUGCUGCAUUACGGUAACCGUGUCCUUCUUCAGCAACUUGGAUGUAGCAUCCAGAGUUCUACUGUGGCUCAGAUUACACGAGCUCUUCGGAAAUACCUUGUCAGAGAACUCAACAAACCACAGCCACCAGAGGAGUUGAUGGAUCUGUUGGUCCUUCUGUACGAAUUUCAAAAUCCCAGACUGACUGCAGAGGUCCUGGCUUCAAUCAGAGCGAUCCGCCUUCACAACAUACGCAUGACCUCGCUCAAAUGCUUUGUGUUGAGUUCUGUGCUCUCAUGCGCCCCUUCGAGUUAUCAACUGGAAGAGUUGGACCUCUCCUCCUGUCUCCUGACUCGGGACAUGCUUCAAAUGUUGUGGCCUGCCUUUAGACAUGCUCGGAUCCUCAAUCUGCAGUAUAAUAGCCUUGGUCCUGACUCCUGCAUCUUCCUGCGAGAUCUGCUCCUAGACCCCAAAAUUUCAAUUAGAACUCUACAACUGUGUGACAACCCUCUGCUGGAGUCUGGAGCUUGCACCCUACUUCAGGCCCUUCCAGAGAACCAGUCUUUGAGGCAUCUGUCCCUGAUGCACACAGGACUUGGGGACCAAGGGGCCCUCGAGCUGGCUGAGAGGCUUCAGCAGCACACGGGACUCCAGGAGCUCAACGUUGCCUAUAACAACAUCGGCGACAAUGUUGCUCUAGCCCUGGUGGAUGCCUGCAGGGAACAUCCCAGUAUUCACACAGUGCAUUUGUACCUGAACCCUCUGAGUGAUGUUGGCAAACAAUCCCUGUAUGUCCGGGGCGUUCCCAAGAGUCACAGCGGCAGUGGCCGGCGCGUCAAGGUCCUGGCCUCAGUCACUGAGGGUUCUGACCUCUCUGAGGACUGGCACCCAAUUCUCAGUGUGAUUCGUGAAAAUGCAUCAUCUUGGGACAGGGAGCGUGUACAACAACAGCUUAAGGUGUUCCUCAGGGAUCUGGAGUGGGGACGUCAGCAGCAGCAGAGCCUCUGGAAAAAGUUGCACUUCCGCAGGGUGGAGAAGGGCGUCCGGCAGACCCUACGGAUGCUGGAGAAGGACACGCUACCCCCAUACAUAUGACCCGGAGUAGUAACUUGUCAAAGCCACCCUUUGACCUUUGAGUCGCAGGCCACAAUGUGUUUCUAACAUUUAGCAGGUGGUGGGAGGGAUCAGAUGGAUGGAAUGUUUGUGCAAACUAACUAUGUGGAUUCCCGCAGAUUCGCGAUUCAGCAUUUGGGGCUGUGCAAAUUUGUUCAAAAAGUGAUUUUUUAAAAUCCAAAAAUUGACUGUUUUUUCCUCAGAAAACACAUCUCUUCUCCAUAAGUCGAUAAUAAUUUAUAAAUAUGUGAUAGUACAGGUAAAAUGUACAGCAUACAUGUAACACUGUUAGAAAGCCCACCUGUCAUGAUUUGCACUGUGCUUGGUCUCCUCCCACCUGCUCAGCUGGCCAGCACACCUGCAGCUCAUCAGCCAUUAGGCCUUCUGAAGCCAUGCCUUCUUGCUAUUGCUGAUAGUUUGUUCACUUCCUGCAUUUUGCAGUGUAACUCAGUGAGCCACAGGGAACAAGAAGCGGGGAGAACAUAUAACACAAUGAUGAACACAGUCCAGCCAAUGAUAAGAUUCUGUUUGCAUAUAUUUACUUCCACAGCCAAUCAAAUUGAUGGCGUGGACGUCGAAAGGGUGAAUGAAAACAAAUUUCUGGGGGUCAUUAUAACUGUAGAUGAAAAAUAACUCCAUAUUCUCUGUUGGCCCCUGGUAUUACCAUACCAUACACUUAUUGUGUGGAGAUAUGGGGGAAAUAACGAUAAAAGUACACUCACUCGCUAGAGAUACUGCAAAAAAGAUCAGUUAGGAUAAUCCAUGACGCCGCGUAUCGAGAACUUACAAAUCCUCUAUUUCUAAAAAUCACAAUUAUUAAAAUUUGAUGACCUAGUUGAUUUUCAAACGGCUAAAAUUAUGCAAAAAGCAAACAGUGAUCUGCUGCCUAAAAAUGUCAUACAAUUCUUCUCGACAAGAGAAGAGAAAUAUGACCUCAGGGAAAAAUUGAACAUAAAACAUAUAUAUGAGAGAACAAUGCUAAAAACCUUCAGUGUAUCAGUAUGUGGAAUCCUAUUAUGGAACGGCUUGAGCAAGGAACUCAAACAAGGCACUAAGAUGAGCGAUUUCAAGAAACAGUACAAGCAGUUGAUGUUUGCAAAAUACAAGGAAGAAGAGUCUUGAAACACUGUAAACACAAUGCUAUGUCGAAACACGACUACGCUCACUUCUAACUCUACCUUCUUGUCACUUAUUAGUCUUUAUUCUUUUGUGGCUACAUUACCAGUACUCCACCAUUAUCCAGCUAUUUUCAGUUUUAUUUCAUUUGUCAGUGCUAUGUCUAAUCACUCCCACACUUAUUACUUACUCGUCCUUUUUAUUCAUUGUUUAGUUCGCUGUCACUACUCACCUAUUAUUAAACUGUGUUUUGUUAUGUCUAGUUCAUAUUAUUUAUUAGGAAUGUCAAAUCAAGUAAUUACGGUGACAAGAAAUCUGACUAAAUUUGAAACUUGACUACAAUUUUGUGAUGUAUUCAACUAGAAUAGAGUGUAUUUGAAAUACAGGAAGUGAAUAAAUGUGUUGCAUUCAGUGUCGUGUUGCUGAAGGGACCGGAAGGUCUGUUGAGGGUUAAUUUUAAUAAUUGCUAUUUUGACAAAAGUCCAACAAAUAUGGCAUCAAUUUCAAGUACAUUUCCAGGAUGAAAUAGUGGGUUUUCUACAAGAUUCAGAUGGUUAAAUGUAUGAGACCAUGGCUGGUUUUGUCUGAGGUUGAGAAUAAAGAAAUCUACAUUGGCGUCAGUUUGAAAGGUUUCUCAGGUUUUGGACAGGUGCAAUACUACAGUGUGCACAUCUGAUGCUGCUCGCAGAGAUCCAAGGAAUGCUCACGUCGUUCUGUGUAAGCUCAGAUACUUGAAAAAUUAGGGGUAACACUAGUCCCCAUUUUCUAAUAGAGGGAGAAAAGAAUAAACAAUGUGUAGCAAUAGAUAAGAUAGAAACUCAACCCGCCCAGAGGGGUGGUCAAACAAAUCUCUCAGCUG